AUGCGAAAAGCAUUGUCACCAGACCCAGUUCUCUUUGACGACAGUCGCCGAACAUGGGCGAAUAGCGAGGGAACGACCCUCCUCGCAACGCUUGAGACUCUCACAAAGGCUAUGGAAGACAUCCAGGAAAAGGUAGAAAGCCAAGGAAAGGAAUCAAAGGAUCUCCAGCAAAAGUUGGAAAGCCAGGGAAAAGAGCUAGAAGAAGCUCAAAAGCAAUCAUCAAAUAUGAGCGGACGUUCGAUGCUUAUACCAUUGAGCCACACAAGGAGAUCUCAGCGGAACGCCGCCGCGCAUGGAGGAAGCAUCCUAGCCGACUACGAUGUGAUCCUCCACGAGGCUGGGCAGCAAAGCUCGAGGGUGGACCGGUGGAAGCCGGCGUUCGAAUCACAAUACGGUGUGUCCUGGGACUUUCUUAAUGCCCGUGGAGGACUUGACUUAGCUAGCAAAGAGCUAGUUCGAAUCUUCGAUUACCUUGCGAAUACUCGAUCGCUUGAGAAGUGGGAGGACUGGAAAAUUCUGUCUAACUCGAAAACGUCUACCAAGAAGUUCGAAGAUCGCGCCGAGAUAAUCGCAACCUGUAGUAACUGGAUCGCGAAGUGGGUUGGUGAAGCCAUGGACACCAACCCAACAAAACGUCAGAUGCAGAGACUCCGAAAGCUCUCUGACCAGGCGUAG